AUGCUACGACCAGUGACUCUAGCGGUGGUCGUGGUCGCCUUGUUGUCGGCGGCGGGGGCGAGGCUCAGAGUAGACCCGCUCGUUGAGACCCGGAAGGGACUCAUCAAGGGUCUUAGGUCCGAAAAUGGAGAGUUCUCCAAGUUCCUGGGUGUGCCCUACGCGUUAGUAGACGAGGAUAAUCCUUUUGGGUCCUCAGUGCCGCACCCCGGCUUCGAGGAGACAUUCGAGGCGUUCGACGAUUCCGUGGUUUGUCCUCAACUCACCGACAAUGUCGCGGUCGGAAGCCUCCAGUGCUUGAACCUGAACAUCUACGUGCCCAACACGGCGACGUCGCGGAAUAAGCGCCCGGUGAUGAUUUGGAUCCACGGAGGGGGGGGCUUCAUGUCCGGCAGCGGAACUAGCAGAGAUUACUCCUUCGAAGAUCUGGUCCGACAUGACGUUAUCAUUGUGUCGGUUAACUACCGGCUUGGAGCGUUUGGAUUCUUUUGUUUGGACAGCGCCGAUGUUCCUGGGAAUCAGGGGUUGAAGGACCAAGUUCUUGCUUUAAAAUGGAUCAAGGAAAAUAUAGAGGCUUUCGGGGGAGAUACCUCUAAGAUAACUCUGUUCGGGGAAAGUGCGGGAGGCGUCGCCGUCGAGCUACACCUACUAACCGAGCAAGAGAAGUUCUUCAACCAGGUCAUCGUUCAAAGCGCAUCCGCUUUUAUUCCUGGAGCCAUCAUGAAACCUGACAACAGUAUCCCGAUACGAAUAGCCAGCCGAUUGGGAUUCAAAACUGACAACUUCGUAGAAGCUAUAGCGUUUUUAGCCGAUCAAGACCCGCUCCUGGUGGUCGGAGCGACUAGAUCUGAUGGCCCGGUCACUUUGACGGACGCCACCUUCGGCUUGUUCAGAGCUUGUAUCGAAAAUGAAUAUAAUGGAGUUUAUAGAUUUCUUGCUAAUACUCCAGAAAAUUUAGACCCUAAAAAGCUUCGCAAUAUUCCGGUUAUCUACGGAGUGAACGAUCGUGAAAUGCUAACUCUGCACGCCUUGAUCAGCCCGGAAGAAUAUGAGCAGCCGGCCAUUAGAAACUACAUGAAUAUAGCUUUCGACUUGAAGGAGAACGAGAUAGAAGAAGACGUAACUCAUUUCUACAUCGCAGACGAACCCUUCAAUCCGGAGGUCUUUGAUAAAUUCAUUAAUUUUGCUUCAAACUACUACUUUCAUUAUCCCGUCGAGCGGUCCCUUAAGAAGAUAUUGAACGCGGGCAACGAAGACAUAUAUUACUAUGUAUUCUCGUACGAUGGCGGUCGAAACGCUAUGAAAAACCAUCUUGGAAUAACAGCGCCGGGCGCGGCGCAUGCGGAUGAGCUCGGCUACCUGCUGGCCGUGGACUUGCAGCCGGGUGAGCUUGUUGCGGAGGAGGAUCAACUAGUCAUCGACAGAAUCACUACGCUUUGGACCAAUUUUGCUAAAUUCGGCAAUCCGACACCUGAAACAUCUGACUUGCUGCCAGUCGUGUGGUCGCCAGUGACGGCGAGCAGGCGGCCCUUCCUGGAGAUCGGCGCCGACUUCGGACUCAAGAGCAGGCCUUUCCACGACCGCAUGGCUUUCUGGGAUCUCUUCUACAAGCUGUAUGGAAAACUGGAACGCAUUCACUAA